GUGGGGACAAUUGUGGGGACAGUUGUGGGGAGUGGGGACAAUCUGGGGACAAUUGUGGGGACAAUUGUCGCGUCCCCCGCAGCGAUCCCUCCCCUCCUGCUCUUCCCGGAGCUUUUGCCAUAUCAGCGGCGUCCCGGCAGCUCCUCAGGCCUUUCUGGCUUCUCCUAAUCUCCCAAAAAAGGAUUUGGGGAUUAGGCGGGCGGUCUGUCCGUCCUCCCUCUGCCCUUCAGCCAAGCCGGUCCUCGGGCACGGGGAGAGGAAAGGAAAUAAAGGGAGGGAUGAGCGCGGGUGGGGCUGGGAGCAGCCGGAGCCAGGAGUGGGAAAAGGGGAGUGGGGAAAGAGGAGGAGUGGGAAAACAGGAAUGGGAAAAGAGGGGUGGGAAAAGGGGAGUGGGAAAAUAGAGAUGGGAGGAAAAGAGAGGAGCGGGGAAAGAGGAGGAGUGGGAAAAGAGAGGAAAAGGGAAAGAGGAGGAGUGGGAAAUUAGGAAUGGGAAAAGAAGAAUGGGAAAACAGGAGUGGGAAAAGAGAAAUGGGAAAAGAGGGGUGGGAAAAGAGAGGAAAAGGGAAAGAGGAGGAGUGGGAAAUCAGGAAUGGGAAAAGAGGGGUGGGAGGAAAAGAGAGGAGGGGGAAAGAGGAGGAAUGGGAAAAGAAGGGUGGGAAAAGAGAGGAAGAGGAAAAGAGAGGAGGGGGGAAAGAGGGGUGGGAAAACAGGAGUGGGAAAAGAGAAGAGUAGGAAAAGAGAAGAGUAGGAAAAGAGAAGAGUAGGAAAAGAGGAAUGGGAAAACAGCGGCCUGACUCUGGGAUUGAGGAUCUGCCAGUGAGGGGGCCCUGGCACAGCCUUCCUCCACCCCCUCCACCACCCAACCCUCUCCCACUCCCACUUUAACCCCCAGAUUCCUGCUUGGAGCACCAGAACUCUGCCUGGGGAGCUCUGGAGAGGAUUGGAACACCCCGUGGGAGCUCUGAGCUGCUCAAACACAGCACGGAGCAGAAACCUUCCCUCCUCCUCCUCCUCCUCCUCCAGUGCAAACAGCACCCAGCUCAUUUUAUUUACGCGCCUUCCCCCUCCUCACCGCUAAUUACCGAGCUGGAUCUGCGUCCCCACUGGAGCCGAGUGUCGCCGAGGCCACCAGGAGCUGCGGCUUUAUUUUAUUUAUGUUUUUCGGAGCCGAGAGCCCCGCGUGCUUCUGAUGGCAGCACUCAGCGCUCUCUCGAGGGCCGCUCGGCAAUUAACGCUAAUUAAGGCUCGCGGAGCCCUUUUCAGGCAGGUUAAGAGGAGCGCUGGGAAGUGGAGAGGGAUGCGGGAGAGGCUGUGGAGCCGGGAUCUGGCCAGGAACAGGCAGGAGAUGCAGGAACCUGUUGGGAUUACUCCUAAAAAUCGCCACAAAUCCCUUUUCUUCCUCUGGGCGUUUUUAGAGAACUUUUCCCGGCUUUAUUCAGGAUGGAUAAAAAUCCACUUCGAUUAAUUAAAUAUUUCAUAAAAGCCAUUUAAAUUAAUAAUAAAUCAAAGCCAUUUCAAGCCGUUUCCUGGCUUUUUCCAGGAUGCUCCCAAGCACAGCUGGAGCCUGGCCAGUGCCCGGCCACCCUCUGGGAAAGAUCCUUUCCCUGAUGUCCAGCAGGACAUGUGGGAAUUGUCAGCUCUGCUUUCCAAGGCUGUUUAUUUUCUCUUUAUUCCAUUCUCUCUCUGCCCUGCUGAGCUCUGCCCAGCAGGUCGGGUUGGGGCACAGCCCCUGCCCUUGGGCUGCUGUUGGCUUUUCAUACCAAGAACUGCCUGGGCUUUAUUGACAAUAAUUUCCCAAUGCCAUCACCAGUGUCAGACAGUCUGUGUGUGCUCUAAACCAACCCAGAAGGGUCACCAUCCCAGCAGGAGAGGGAGGAGAAGGAGAAGGAGAAGGAGGACAGGACACACCCAAGUUCCUCCCUCUUGCCUCUUGAACCCCCAUUCUAAAUCCCCAAAUUCUGCUUUUUCACCCUGUGACAAAUUCACUGCCAUUCUACUCAAACUCUUGUGGUCUGUAACUCCUCACACAAAGUUGGGAAUUGUUUCCAUGGCUAAAAUCCAAGGCCCAGGUGGUUUUGACUCCAGGCCAAGGUCUCUGAGCCCCUGCCAGGGUCUGGAGUCCUCCAGGGCAGCCAGAGGAAUGUCCUGGGUCCCAACCCCUUUUACAAUAGAAUAACCGAACUAACACCUGCUUCACAAUCUAUCAGCUAUUUUACACUUUCUAACCGAUUUUUACCACUCAGCCCCCAAAGCGGGGAUCUCUGCCACCCCCGGGUGGCCUCUCCUGGCUCACGCCGUGUCCCCUUGUCCCCAGGCUCGGCGCUCCCGGCCUCACCGCGGGCUCUGCUAUGAUCUGGCGGCGCCGGGAGCAGCAUGGGCAGCGUCAGCAGCCUCAUCUCCGGCCACAGCUUCCACAGCAAGCACUGCCGCGCCUCCCAGUACAAGCUCCGCAAGUCCUCGCACCUGAAAAAGCUCAACCGCUACUCGGACGGGCUGCUCCGCUUCGGCUUCUCGCAGGACUCCGGCCACAAGUCCGGCUCCAAGAGCAGCAAGAAUGAGGAUUUCUUUUACAUCAAGGUCAGCCAGAAGGCGCACGGCUCGCAGCGGCCGGACUACGCGGCGCUGGGCAGCGGGGAGCUGGGCGUGCCCGCCGGGACCAGCGGGCUGGACUUCGGGACGCCCACGCCGCAGAAGCUGAUGCCCUUCCCCAGCCAGCUGGAAGUGGGCGGGGAGAAGCCGCUGCCUCGUCCCACGGCCUUCAAGCCGGUGCUGCCGCGCUCCGGGGCCAUCCUGCACUCGUCCCCCGAGAGCGGGGGGCCCCUGGGCCAGCAGCUGCACCCCCCGGAGAAGGCCAAGGAGCAGGAGCUGCGGCCGCUGCCGUGCUCGGGGGGCCUGUCCGACUCCGGCCGCAACUCCAUGUCCAGCCUGCCCACGCACAGCACCAGCAGCAGCUACCAGCUGGAGCCCCUGGUCACCCCCAUGGGGCCCAUCAGCCGCUUCGGGGGCUCUGCCCACAACAUCCUGCAGUGUGCCAUCAUCCAGGACAGCAACAUGAUGAGCCUCAAGGCCAUGUCCUUCUCCGAUGGAGGCAACAAGAUCCUGAACCCCGGCAAGGCCCCCCAGCACCGCGCCGCUGCCGAGAAGAGCGCCUGCGUGCGCUCGCCCAUCGCCACCGAUGAAUCCACCAUCCAGGAGCUGGAGCAGAAGCUGCUGGAGAGGGAGGGGGAGCUGCAGGAGCUGCAGUCGAGCUUCGAGGAGAAGGAAAUCAGCUCCUGCCAGGCCUACGAGGAGAAGCAGCGGCGCUGCAAGGAGGAGCUGGAGGGGCUGAAGCAGAAAUGCAACAGCAAGCUCAAGCAAACCUCGCAGAAAACGCAGCGGACGCAGCAGGUGCUGCACCUGCAGGUGUUCCAGCUGCAGCAGGAGAAGCAGCAGCUGCGGGAGGAGCUGGAGAAACUCAUGAAGGAGCAGAACCUGCUGGAGACCAAGCUGAGGUCCUACGAGAAGGAGAAGACCAGCUUUGCCCCGGCGCUGGAGGAGACGCAGUGGGAGGUGUGCCAGAAAUCCGGGGAGAUCUCGCUGCUGAAGCAGCAGCUGAAGGAGUCUCAGACCGAGCUCACCACCAAGACCACGGAGAUCCUGAGCCUGAAGGCGCAGCUGAAGGAGGUGAGGCUGAAGAUGGAGGGGCUGGAGAUGAAGAGCCAGGAGCUGGAGGUGUCGCUGCGCACCAAGGCCAUGGAGCUGGAGGUGUGCGAGAACGAGCUGCAGCGCAAGAAGAACGAGUCGGAGCUGCUGCGGGAGAAGGUGAACCUGCUGGAGCAGGAGAUCCUGGAGCUGCGCUCCGAGCUGGCCGCGCUGCGGGAGCAGCUCAGCGAGGCUCGCCAGGGGCCCCGGCCGGGCGGGGACGAUGCCCAGGCCCUGCAGGGGCAGCUGGAGAGGCUGCGGGCGGAGCUGAAGGCGGAACGCGACAACAACGAGCAGAUGAGCUGCAGUUUCCAGCACGAGCGGCAGACGUGGAAGGAGGAGAAGGAGAAGGUGAUCCACUACCAGAAGCAGCUGCAGCAGAGCUACCUGCACAUGUACAAGAGGAACCAGAGCCUGGAGAAGAUGCUGCAGCAGCUGGCGGCGGGCGAGGACGGCAAGGAGCCCAUCGAGCUGGAGAUCCCCGGCGCCGACGUCCCCUACGAGGACAUCAUCGCCACCGAGAUCUGAGCCACCGGGGGAGCUGUCCCCUCCCUCCCGAGCCGCUCGGCUCCUGCCCCAUGCAGCCGAGCUGAGCCGUGUCCCCCCCGUCCCUCCGCCGCCCGUCGUGUUCCAGAGGUGACCAAGCCACUCGUGCCAAUGGUGACGUGCCCGCAGCUCCCCCGGCACUGCCCCCUCUGCCCCCGGGCAGGGAUCAGGACUCCAGGGAAUUCUCUGCCAUCUGUGCCCAGCGCCCAGGGGAUGCUCUGCUCCAGGUUUGGGGAACCCAGCCUGGCCCUGCUCCGGGGAUGGCACAGCUCUGGGAAUGGCACAGCUCUGGGAAUGGCACAGCUCCAGGGAUGGCACAGCUCUGGGGAUGGCACAGCUCCAGGGAUGGCAGUUCCGGGGAUGGCCCAGCACCGUCCUGCCCACUGAUGGUGGCAGGAAUCAUCCCCAGUGUGUGCCCAGCUCCGGGGAUGGACACAGCACCGUCCUGCCUGCUGAUGGUGGCAGGAAUCAGACCCAGCUCUCUGGAGGAAGCUCCCACUCCUCCUCACCCUCCUUCGGCACCAUGGGAGCACAGAGCCACCUCCUGCCACUGCCACAUCCACCCCUGCCAGCCCAUGAGGGCCUCAGGAAGGUCCACACCUGCUCACAUCCCCCCAGUACUGCCCAACUCACCGAGAUCACCCCGAGAUCACCCUGAGAUCACCCUGAACCCAUUCAGUCCGAGCACAGCCCCCCUGCCCUGCACCCACCGCCCUCCCUCUGCUGGCAUUCCCAGCUCCCAUGGCCAAGGACUCCAUCCCUUCUCCCGGCUGCCAGACAGCAGCUGGAUCUGAGGGUUCACAGGAAUGUCCCAGCCACGGUCUGACCAGGGACUGGGGUUUGUGUUCACCCCAGAGCCCCCUGCACUCGCUGGGGCCGUCCCUCCUGGGAGCCCCGGCUGCCUUAUCUCCUCCCAUGCCCCGAUCCCAUGGGAUCCGGCCAAGGGGGGCUGGUUAAACACCCCAAACCAACCACUUCCACCUUAAUUUCUACCCCAGCUCUUAAAAGUUCCUCCUGCCACCAGCGAGUGGCUCCACAGAUAACGAGGUGGCCCUGCUGGUGACCCUCGUGUCCCCCUGACUGGGGAGGGAACCUGCAGGACCCAGUUGGUGGGGUGGGGGCCCCAGGGGACCCCUCUGUGCCAGUGCAAUGAUAUUUUUGCUGCAAUUAUUUACCCACUGCCCCAUUCCAGGGCUCUUGGGGGGGGGGGUGGUUCUUGCACAAUCCCAGCGCCGCCAAUUUGGCCACGGGCUCCGAGCUGUGCAAAAUUCCGCAUCCCUCGCGCCACUGCAGCCUGGAAAAGUGACACACAGGAACCAGUCUGUGCCUUCUGUGCCCAGGCCUGAGCACCCCAAACCACUGCCCCAGCUCUCCCAGCUGGGCCUGGUACUGCCCAGUCACUCCUGGCACUGCCCAGCUGGGCCUGGUACUGCCCAGCCAGUCCUGGCACUGCUCAACUCUUCCUGGCACUGCCCAGCCUUUCUUGGCACUGCCUGGCCAGUCCUGGUACUGCCCAGCUGGGUCUGGUACUGCCCAUCCAGUCCUGGUACUGCCCAGCCACUUCUGGCACUGACCAGCUCUUCCUGGCACUGACCAGCAUGGCCUGGCACUGCCCAGCUGGUCCUGGCACUGCCCAGCUGGGUCUGGCACUGCCCAACCAGUCCUGGCACUGCCUAGUUGGGCCUGGCAUUGUCCAGCUGAGCCUAGUACUGUCCAGCCAUACCUGGCACUGCCCAGACAGUUCUGGCACUGCCCAGCCACUCCUGGCACUGCCUGGCCAGUCCUGGCACUGCCCAGCUGGGUCUGGCACUGCCCAGCCAUACCUGGCACUGCCCAGCUGGGUCUGGCACUGUCCAGCCGGUCCUGGCACUGCCCAGCCUUUCUUGGCACUGCCCAGCCAUACCUGGCACUGCCCAGCCGGGUCUGGCACUGCCCAGCCCAUUCUGGCACUGGCACAAGCGAUGCUCACCCCCGGCCCGCUGGAAAAACCAACCUGAGGCUGCUGCGGGUGCCCCCUGGGGCCAGCCCAGCCCUGCCCAUCCCCAUGCCCAGCCCUGCCCAGCCCAUGCCCAGUCCCUGCCCAUGCCCAGCCCCUGCCCAGCCGAAGGAUGUUUGCAAAGCUGAAGGAUCAGGGGCGGCGGGGCCGGGAGGGAUUUUGUGCCUCCCCCCACCCGAUAUCGGCGCGGCCCCGCCCGGGAGCCGCGGGGAGCAGAGCCCCUCCCGACCUCGCCCCACGGCGGCAAUUCCCCGCUCCUGCUCCCGCCGGCCGCGGUGGCACCGUCCCCGUCCCUGUCCCCAGGCGUGUCCCCUCGGCCCCGUGUGCCCCCAGCUCUGUGAUGUGAUCUCCAGAGGCCUCGCCGUGCUGCCUUUGCACAACCGCGCUGUGUGUGCCCGUCGCAUUCCAGGUGUGUCGCUCCAGGUCCCGGCCUGGACAGAGAGUUAUUUUUCUGCAGGUUUUUUUUUGUUUGUUUGGUUGGUUUUGUUGAUUUUUUUUGGAUGUUCUUUCUGGUGACUGAUGUAAACUACUGGUUAAUUUUAUGGUUUUAUUUAUAAAUAAAUUUUUUAAAACUU